GGCCAGGUGCAGGCCCGGUGGGGUUUGGCGCCGACCCUCCUUCCCUCCCUCCCUGCCUGGCGCCAUGGCCAUGAGGGAGCUGGUGGAACCGGAGUGCGGGGGCUCCAACCCCCUCAUGAAGCUGGCUAGCCACUUCACCCAGGACAAAGCCUUGCGGCAGGGAGCCCCUGGGGCUCCCGGAGCUGCAGCCGUAUCCAAACCACUGGGAGUGGCCACUGAAGAUGAGCUGGUUGGAGAGUUCCUGCAAGAGCAGAAUGCCCCUUUACUGCCCCGUGCACCCCAGACCUUUAAGAUGGAUGACCUGUUGGCUGAGAUGCAAGAGAUUGAACAGUCAAGCUUCCGUCAGGCCCCUCAGCGAGCUCCAGGUGUGGCAGCCCUGGCACUGUCUGAAAACUGGACCCAGGAAUUCUUGGCUGCAGCAGAUAGUGCUGGUGAUGUCUCUUCAGAUUACAAUGAGGCUGACUGGUCACAAGAGUUCAUUGCUGAAGUGACAGAUCCGCUGUCUGUGUCUCCUGCCAAGUGGGCAGAAGAAUACCUAGAGCAGUCAGAAGAGAAACUGUGGCUUGGGGAAUCGGAAGACCAGUCUUUAGUGGAUAAAUGGUAUGAGGAAUAUCAACCUGAGGAUGAUCUUAAGCAAACUGUUAGUGAUUUUCUCUCUAAAGUGGAUGAUCCAAAACUCAAGAAUUCUGAGUUCCUAAAGUUUGUCCGCCAGAUCGGAGAUGGGAGGGUAUCGAUCGAAGCUAAUCAGGUGACCCACAGAGACCAAGAUCAGGCAGAGCAAUGGGCAGCUGAGUUUAUACAGCAGCAGGGGGCAUCCGAUGCCUGGGUGGAUCAAUUUGCACGAUCUGGGAACAUGUCAACUCUUGAUACGGAAUUUGAGCAGGCAAAGACUGCUGUGGAGUCAGAUGUGGACUUCUGGGACAAACUCCAGGCAGAAUGGGAGGAGAUGGCCAAGAGAGAUGCAGAGGCUCACCCGUGGCUUUCUGAUUAUGAAGACCUCAGCUCCUCGUCGUAUGACAAGGGAUACCAGUUUGAGGAAGAUAAUCCCAUGAGAUAUCACCCAGAUGCAUUUGAAGAGGGGCGUAAGCGCCUGGAGGAAGGUGAUCUCCCCAAUGCUGUCUUACUUUUUGAGGCUGCAGUGCAACAGAAGCCAGAUCAUAUGGAGGCCUGGCAAUAUCUGGGAACGACCCAAGCAGAGAAUGAACAGGAGCUUUUGGCAAUCAGUGCCCUCAGACAGUGCUUGGAAUUGCAGCCUGGAAACCUCACAGCACUCAUGGCUUUAGCGGUCAGCUUCACCAACGAGUCCUUGCAGAAGCAGGCAUGUGAGACCCUGCGGGACUGGCUACGCCAUAAACCGGACUAUGCACACUUGCUGGAGAAGGAACCAGAGGAGAGUGUCUCAGGGACAAACCUGGGACCUUCCAAGCGUGUCCUAGGUUCCCUGCUGUCUGACUCACUGUUCGUGGAGGUGAAAGAGCUGUUCUUAGCAGCUGUGCGCAGCAACCCCUCAACUGUGGAUGCUGAUGUUCAGUGUGGCCUGGGUGUCCUUUUCAACCUUAGUGGCGAGUACGAGAAGGCUGUGGAUUGCUUCAGUGCUGCACUCAGUGUGCGCCCCAAUGACCAUCUUCUGUGGAACAAGCUUGGUGCCACCCUGGCCAAUGGGAAUCGGAGUGAGGAAGCUGUGGCUGCAUAUCGUCGGGCACUGGAGCUCCAGCCAGGAUACAUCCGCUCUCGCUACAACUUGGGCAUCAGUUGCAUCAACUUAGGUGCCCACCGUGAGGCUGUGGAGCACUUCUUAGAGGCUUUGCACAUGCAGCAGAAGAGCCGAGGUCCACGGGGGCAGCAAGGAGCUAUGUCUGACAACAUCUGGAGCACCCUCCGCAUGGCCCUCUCCAUGCUGGGGCAGAGUGAUCUGUAUGGGGCAGCUGAUGCCCAUGAUCUUCCCACACUGCUUCAGGCAUUUGGCCUCCAGCAAUGACUCUGGGAUGGGCUCCCCUGUGAGUGCAGGGUUGGCCCAGCCCAGCAGUGACCUUCCUUAGAGAGAAAGUGUUCAUUAGCGUUCACACAUAUCUUUGCUCUGGUAGGGCAGAUCAUUGGCAACUGUUUUUUUCAAGGACCUCCUGCUGA